AUGCAUAUCCGCGCUCGUCUAAUUGCGCCACUGAUUCAUUCGCACAUUUGCCGCUUCGUUUUAGACGGGCGACGCAAAACCGCACCAGAAUCCGGUUGGUGGCCAAGCGAGGCAGUUCACGAACACGAGGCACAAGCCAAACGUCAGACGAGGUUCAGCGUCGUUCGUUUCGUUCCUCUUUGGGUGACUCGUGCGCUGCUAGACGACGUCACCAUCGAAACGGCGACGACGACGUUCUGUAACAGGCGCGGUGUUGAAUGGCGCCUGCUGCUCGACAGGGUUGUGAGAAGUGACGUAAAAGAUGAGGCAAUGUUGGUUCGGCACACUGCUCUCGUAUCAACUGCUGGCAGUACCAGUGGCCACGCGCUUGUGUUUUUACGAUGUCCGCCCAUUUGUCGUUGGUUUACCGACCUGUCUUUGUGCCACCGCACACUGUUCGUCAUCGACGAAUCUAACUUGCGCUAUACGCUAAGCAACAGCGAAGCGGCGCUUUUGGUCGAGAUCGUCGUUUGUCAUUAUAGUCAUCCACAUUGUGCCUCUCAGCUUCAGUCGGCACCAGAACGGUAG